AUGGCGCUGCCGGGCGCGCUCUUCUCCUGCCUUCUGGGGGUCGUGUUCGGUCCCCCGGGCUUGGCGCUGCCCCUGGCGCCCGCCGGCUCCCGGACCCCUUCUCCUGCCGUGGGACAGUUUUGGCAUGUUACGGACUUACACUUAGACCCUACUUACCACAUCACGGCUGACCACACCAAGGUGUGCUCCUCAUCCAAAGGUGCAAAUGCCUCCAACCCUGGCCCUUUUGGAGAUGUCUUGUGUGAUUCUCCUUAUCAGCUUAUUUUGUCAGCAUUUGACUUUAUUAAACACUCAGAACAAGAAGCAUCUUUUAUGAUCUGGACAGGGGACAGCCCACCUCAUGUUCCCGUACAAGAACUGUCGACAGACAUGGUUAUAAAUGUGAUCGCCAACAUGACAAACACCGUCCAGAGUCUCUUUCCAAAACUCCAGGUUUUCCCUGCACUGGGUAAUCAUGAUUACUGGCCACAGGAUCAACUGCCUAUAGCCACUAGCAAAGUGUAUAAUGCAGUAGCCACACUUUGGAAGCCAUGGCUAAAUGAAGAAGCUACCAGCACCUUAAGGAAAGGUGGCUUUUAUUCACAGAAGGUUACCACUAAUUCGAGCCUUAGAAUCAUCAGUCUGAACACAAACUUGUACUAUGGCCCAAAUAUUGUGACCUUGAACAAGACCGACCCCGCAAAUCAGUUUGAAUGGCUUGAAAAGACAUUGAACAACUCUUGGCAAAAUAAGGAAAAGGUGUACCUGAUAGCACACGUUCCAGUGGGGUAUCUGCCAUAUUCAAGGAGUACCACAGCCAUGAGAGAGUACUAUAAUGAGAAGUUGAUCAAUAUUUUCAGAAAAUACAGUGAUGUCAUUGCAGGACAAUUUUAUGGACAUACACACAGAGAUAGUAUUAUGGUUCUUUCAGACACAGAAGGAAGUCCAGUAAAUUCUCUAUUUGUGGCUCCUGCUGUUACUCCAGUGAAGAGUGUUUUGGAAAAGCAAACCAACAAUCCUGGUGUCAGACUAUUUCAGUAUGAUCCUCAUAAUUAUCAGUUAUUGGAUAUGUUGCAGUAUUACCUGAACCUAACAGAGGCUAAUCUGAAGGGAGAAUCUAACUGGAAACUGGAGUACAUCCUGACCCAAGUCUAUGGCAUUGAAGAUUUGCAACCAAAAAAUUUAUACAGUUUAGCGAAACAAUUUGCAGUUCUAGACAGUAAGCAGUUUAUGAAGUACUACAAUUAUUUCUUUGUGAGUUAUGACAGCAGUGUAAUUUGUGAUGAGACAUGUAAGGCCUUCCAAAUUUGUGCAAUUAUGAAUCUUGAUCGUAUUUCCUAUAUAGAUUGUCUCAAACAGUUUUACAUACAGCACAAUCCCUAA